AUAAUUUAAUUUUGAAUUAUUAUUAUUUCAUUGAUUAAGUUGAUACAAGUAGAUAUAAAAAAAAAAUUAUAAACCUCGGCCGUGACCACCGGGAUUAUAACUACUAGUUUAGUUUAAAGCAAGUUAGGGCCGUCCAACUCAGUCGUAGCGAAACGCUGGGUUGAAGUUUGCAGUGAGUCUAUGUGCCUAGUUUGUUUGUUUGCAAUAAUAAAUCCAAACAAUCACACACUCAACUCUUUCAUCUUUUUACUGUCUCCCGCAUUUUCGUAAGUGAACGACGCUGUUCAAGGUUAAGGAGAUAAGGGCAUCAUGGUAGACUCGCUGAAGAAGAACAUCAUGGAAGAGAGUUUGAUUCUCAAGUUAGAGAACGAGGAGAAAAGCACUCGGUGGCUAAGUUGGGCUGCUUUUGUUGAAGAAAUAAAAAGGGCGGGUUACCUUGCGGGGCCUAUGGUAGCUGUCACCUUAUCACAGUACCUAUUGCAAGUUAUAUCAACGAUGAUGGUGGGUCAUCUGGGUGAGCUUGCUCUCUCUAGUUCUGCCAUUGCCAUAUCUCUCGCAGGGGUCACCGGCUUCAGUUUUCUUCUAGGAAUGGCUUGUGCAUUGGAAACACUGUGUGGACAAGCCUAUGGAGCUCAACAAUACCGAAAACUGGGAAUCCAUACCUACACUGCUAUAUUUUGUUUGAUCUUAGUAUGCAUCCCUCUGUCGAUACUAUGGUUAUAUAUGGGAAGGCUACUUGUAUUCAUUGGUCAAGAUCCCUUAAUUUCACAAGAAGCCGGUAAAUUCAUUUUGUGGCUUAUCCCAUCACUCUUUGCCUAUGCUACUUUUCAACCACUUGUUCGCUACUUUCAAACACAAAGUUUGAUCACUCCCAUGCUCAUAUGCUCUUGUGCUAGUCUUGUAGUACAUAUACCUCUAUGUUGGGCCCUGGUAUUCAAGUCUGGAUUAGAAAGUAUAGGAGGAGCAAUAGCAAUUAGUAUCUCAAACUGGUUAAAUGUGAUUUUCCUUGCACUUUACAUGCUGUACUCUCCCACCUGUACAAAAACUCGUGCCCCCAUUACAAUGGAAUUAUUCCAAGGAAUUAGAGAGUUUUUCCGCUUUGCUAUUCCUUCUGCUGUUAUGAUCUGCCUUGAAUGGUGGUCAUAUGAGCUACUCAUCCUACUGUCUGGGCUUUUACCAAAUCCAGAGCUGGAAACAUCCGUAUUGUCUGUGUGUCUCAACACCAUUUCAACACUUUAUGCCAUACCAUAUGGACUUGGUGCUGCAGCAAGUACUAGAGUUUCAAAUGAACUAGGGGCAGGGAAACCCCAAGCAGCACGUGUGGCGGUGUAUGCUGCUAUGGCUAUUGCAGUUUUAGAGACGCUUAUAGUUACUGGAGCCCUGUUUGCAAGCCGACGUGUUUUUGGUUAUAUUUAUAGCAAUGAGAAGGAAGUGGUGGAUUAUGUGACAACCAUGGCUCCCUUGGUUUGUGUGUCUGUUGUUCUUGAUAGCUUACAGGGGGUUCUUUCAGGUAUUGCGAGGGGAUGCGGAUGGCAGCAUAUAGGAGCUUAUGUCAACCUGGGAGCUUUUUAUCUUGUUGGAAUCCCUGUCGCUGCCACCCUUGCCUUCUGGUUACAGUUGAGAGGGGUUGGCCUGUGGAUCGGUAUACAGUUUGGGGCUUUCACCCAAACAAUUCUGCUCGCCAUUGUUACAAGUUGCAUAAAUUGGGAAAAACAGGCAAUUGAAGCGAGAGAAAGGGUAUUCCAAGGAAGCUCUUCAAUAGAGUAUGGGACGAUGUAAGAAAAAUAAAACUAAUGAGAUAUAGUUUUGAAAUAGAGAAAUUUUAUUACAAUGCGUGUAUUAAUGCAGUAAUAGAAAACAGGGAUUGAAUAAAAUUGGUUUUCGAUCA